UCUCUCUCUCUCUCUCUGAACCAUGUUUUAAUCCAAAUUCUAAAGAGAAAACCCUAGCCAAACAGCUAUUCUGUUUAUUUAUUGCCAUCUCGUUCUCAUUCUUCUUAUCUUAUUCUUCCACCCUGCAAAACCCAAAACCCCAGCAUCAGCAUAUCCCUUUCUCUCUCUCUCUCUCUCUCUCUCUCUCUCUCUCACUUACACGAGCUCCUGCAUACACAUAUACAUACAAUACCAUAAGUCCAUAACCAUGCAAGCUCCUUCUCUUAGCCACUUCUCCUCCACAGAGACUGAUCAAAGUACUUAUUUAGAAGCUGAGGAAGAAGAUGAAGAGUCUGUACUCCUCACUCUUCGCCCCCCUGGUCAACACAUUUCCAGAGUGGGUCUGUCUCAUCAUCAUCACCACUCCUCCGAGCAGGCCGAAAGCAGCUGUGUGAACCACAGCAGUAGCACUGAAGAUGGUGUAACCGUAGCUCUUCAUAUCGGACCCCCCAGCAGUGUAGGUGUUAGCACAAGCAAUACUAGCAGCAGCAACGGUGCGCCGGUGGAGGGAGAGUACUGGAUUCCCUCGCCUGCUCAAAUCCUUGUCGGCCCAACUCAAUUUUCUUGCACUGUGUGCAACAAGACCUUCAAUCGAUACAACAACAUGCAGAUGCAUAUGUGGGGGCAUGGGUCGCAGUAUCGAAAGGGUCCGGAGUCAUUGAGGGGGACGAAGCCGGCAUCGUCGAUGCUGAGAUUGCCGUGUUACUGCUGUGCGGAGGGAUGUAAGAACAAUAUAGAGCACCCGAGGUCGAAGCCAUUGAAGGACUUCAGGACGCUUCAGACGCAUUACAAGAGGAAGCACGGGGCGAAGCCAUUUGCGUGUCGUAAAUGCGGCAAGGCAUUUGCAGUACGGGGGGACUGGCGCACUCAUGAGAAGAACUGCGGAAAGCUCUGGUUCUGCAUUUGUGGCUCUGAUUUCAAGCACAAGAGAUCCCUCAAGGACCAUAUCCGUGCCUUCGGAGGCGGGCAUGCACCCCACGGCGUAGAGUUUUGCGAGGAUGAAGAUGACGAUGACAAUGAUGAAGAUAAUGCUAGUAAUGGGGGCCAUGGCUCUGUGUACUAUUGACAUUGAUAUUGAUAUGCAUGGACUUGUGGGUUUUGUUAAUUGCUGCAGCUCUUAACUAAGACUUUUUUCCUUUUUGUUAAUAUAUGGAGUGCUAGAGAGAGAGAGAGAGUACAGAGGACUAUAAGGAGUGCACAAUGGAAUGGAAGCCCAUGGUUCUGUGUAUUAUUAACGGAUGAAACUUUAGAUCGAUACUAAUUAAGAUUGAUUAACGUCUGUAGAUUUCUCUUUUACACACACAGAGGAGAGAGAGAGAGAGAGGUAUCUAUUGC